AUGCCUCCCCUUCUCCGGCACAAAGUCCCCCGGCCCAUGGCGGCUUACAGAAUCCCCAGGGCCAAGAAAACCCUCCUCUUCAGGCCACAGCGCCUGCGAGUAGCAGCAAUCCAGCACUACCACACGGUGGACCAUCUUCUUCGAAUCCACACUCGGCUCCUGGUCCCUCCCAAGCUGGUCCCUCCCAAGCUGGCCCAUCCCGCCCUGGUCCGGCCGAAGCUGGUCCUUCCCGCCUUGGUCCCUCCCAAGCUGGUCCCUCCCAAGCUGGCUCUGGUAUCUAUCCUAACUUAUCGGCCCGAAAAAAGCGAGAAGGCCUUCCAUAUUGCGUGCCAUGCAAAAGAGCUCGACGAAUAUGUCCCCAAGGGCAGCCCUGUGCCUAUUGCACGAAACUUGACAUUGAGUGUGUUUGGGACACGCAGGUGA